AAAAACAUUCCAUCAAAAUUUGUACAGAAGAUUAAAUUUCUCUCUUUGGAUCUAAAAUUCAGAGAUAAAAAGCUAAUUAAAGAAUAUACUUCGAUUCUAAAAUUCUACGUAAAAGUUAAUUCUUUUCAAUAAAUGUUUUUUACAGAUUAAAUAGAGAGUAAAAAAGAAGGUUACCUGAAAUAUUCUUUGAACAUUAUGGCUAAUACAAAGAGUGCAAAUCGUAUUCAAUCAAUACAAGAUCUCAAUAAAAAAUCACAGGUGAAUCUUAGUGGUUUCACACUUAAAAAUUUGUUUAGCAAAUUAAACUCAGUACGUGAUCAAGGAAAAGAAGCAUUAAAAUCUCAUAAAGAAGAAGAGGCAUACAUUUAUUUUCGACGAUGGCAAAAUUGUGUUGAGCAUAUAAAAAACUCUGAGAAUAGAAGUGGCAAAAGAAUAUAUUCUCUUCUAGUAUCCGAAAAAGAGGUGGAUGAAAUAAAAAAUGAACUACAAAAACUAAAUGAAUUUUUAACAUCACGAAUUAAUAAAGCGAAAACUCUGAAUAGUGAACUUGGUAAUACGAACGCAAAGUCUUCUUUAAUCAACUCUUAUGCUGACGAUCCAUUGUCUUUACCUGAAAUACCACCCGAGGAUCCAGUCGUUGAAGAUUCAGAAGAAAUAACGUGCAUGCAACUUUAUCAACUAUUAAAAUCGUCAGACAAUAAAAUUCUUCUCAUUGAUGUUAGACCACAAAAUGAUUUCACCAAUUCUCAUAUUCAAAAUGAAAAAUGUAUAAAUAUUCCUUCGGAAGAAAUUAAAAAGGGGAUUCUGUGCAAACAUUUUGAAAAUCUAUUCAAAGAUAAAGAAUCAAAAAAAUUAUUCGAAAAUCGUAAAUCUUCCGAUAUUGUUGUCCUAUUGGAUUGGUAUUCCACUGAAGAAUUUUUAAAAGAUAAUGGCCGUUUAAAUGCAAUGAAGGAUUUAUUGCAAAAUUGGGAUCCCGGCGCAAAGUACAAGAGAAUAUCAACUUUACAAGGUGGAUAUAACGAGUGGCUCACUCGUUAUCCACAAUUUGUAACAAAUCACGACGUAAAACCUCCCGAUGUUGAAGAGAAUGCACUGAAUGAAAUUUUAGAAAAUUUUGAAUUCCCAUCGAUAGACGACGAUAUUCUCAGUGUGUACAAGUCAAAUAAAAAAGAUAAUUUAGUGGAUAAGAAACAAUUGAGAAAGAGUCAAGUUAAUAAUCAUAUUAAUAGCGAUGAAAAUGUCAUUCAGCCAAUGAAUAAAACCCACGAUUCAGGAAAUAAAUGGAGAUCCUCAGAAUCGUUGCACGAUCAAAAGUCAAUAAAUUCGUUUCGAAUUGAAAAUGGAAUAAGUGAUAAAGUAAAUUUUAAGAAAAAGGAUAUUCAAGCAAAUAUUCUCAAUACCAAAGUAAUUGAUAUUCCAAAACCAAUGUUUGAUCGAAGCAAUAAACCUUCUUCAUCAUUGCAACAAAAUACACAAUCAAAAGUUCAUUCGUUAAUGGAAAGUCUUUAUGUCGUGAAGAAAAAUUACGAGGAAUUGGAUAAUGUUAUUUUGCAAUUGGAAGAGAAAUGGCUUCAAAGUAAACUUCUCAAUGAUAAUCAACUUACAAAAACGAUUUCUGAUAAAUUAUUUUUACAAAAGGAUGAAUUAAAAAAUCUGGACGAAAAACGCAUUAAACUUGAAAAUGAGCUUAAGUCCUUGAACUAUUCAAAAGAAGAUGCUCUAAAAAUUGUAAAUCAACAAUUACAAUCGCGGUUUUUAAUAAAUGAACAAAAUCAAAUAUCAAUCUCGUCUGAACGAAAGAAGAUUCAUGAAUCCUUUAAGCAGAAACGAGAACAAAAACAUUCCUUGUCGCAAAUUGACGAAAGUGAUAUUUUAAAGGAACCAUUAAAAGAUACUUCUUCAACAAAUGCCAGUCUUACACGAUCAUACUCUAGUCCAAAUCUUGUCCAGAUGGAGGAUCAAAAAGUGCCAGAAAUAGAUAGAACCUCUAAGCCAAGUAUAGCAACGAAGGAGAACCGUAUUACAAAUGUAAAUAAUAAUAUUAAGCGAUCAUCAAUGAAUUUAAAGGAUCGAGAAGAUAGAAUGGAACCUGUCUAUCGAGGGGAGAGACAUCCAGGAAUCACAGGACUGAAAAAUUUGGGAAACUCGUGUUAUAUGAAUAGUAUAAUUCAGUGUUUGAGUAAUACGGCAAAUUUAGCAAAGUACUUUAAUGACAAUUCGUAUGUAGAAGAUCUUAAUAAUAGUAAUGAAAAUGGAACUCAAGCUCAAGUGACUGAAGAAGUUGCUCAUGUAAUAAAAGCUCUUUGGCGUGGUCAAUAUAAAAGUAUAUCGCCACGUGAUUUAAAGGUUGUCAUUGGACAAUAUAGGCUACAAUUCGAAAGUUAUGAGCAACAGGAUUCUCACGAAUUUUUAACAUUUUUACUGGAGUGGAUGCAUAAUGAUUUAAAAAGGAAAGAUAAAGUUAUAGUUAACGAUCUUUUGACAUCUGCCGAGAAAGAAUGGAUUAAAGCAAUGAAUGGACAAAAAUCAAUGAUUUCUCGUUUAUUCUUUGGCCAAUACAGAUCAACAAUAACCUGUGCCACGUGUGGAAAAAAUAGUGUAAUUUACGAGACGUUUAAUAAUUUAACAAUGUCUUUACCACCCACGAAGUGUACGUUGGACGACUGUGUGAAGAAAUACGUCAGCGGACAGAGAGUUUUCGGUUGGAAAUGUCCGCAUUGCAAAGUUGAAAGAGAGGCGACGAAAAAAUUUGACUUUAUUAAAUUAGCGCCAAUUGUUGUUAUACAUUUAAAUCGUUUUGGAGAAAGUGACGGUUGGUUAGAGAAGAGAAAUACACAAGUUGAUUUUCCAUUGACGGAUUUCAAUUUAAGACCUUAUGUUGUUAAUGAUACAAACACGAAUAUUAACACCAAUAAUUUAGGAUAUAAUUACAGUCUGUAUGCUAUGUCUAAUCAUUAUGGGACCAUGGAAGGAGGACAUUAUACUGCGUACUGUAAAAGUGCCCCUCAAAACAAGUGGUAUAAAUAUGAUGAUCACACUGUUGCCGAAGUCUCAUCGAAUCAAGUGAAGUCACAAAAUUCCAGUGCAUAUUUAUUAUUCUACACGUCGUUACAAACUGGACUUCUUUCGUACAUUUAGGAAGAACUAUCGCUCUCGGAAAAUGUCCAAGAGAAGCGAAGUACUCUCAGUUAUCUCUACCUGAUAGAGAGAAAGUUAAGAGGCACUUUUAAUGUUUACUUUUUCAAAUAAAAGAAAAAAAAAGAAAAAUACAGAGACAGUUUGAAAGUGGAAAUAGAAGAACAGUGUGAUAGUAUUAUUUAUACGCUUGUACACAUUGUUACACUAAUUCCAGACAAUGAACUAUUAUUAUAUUAUAUUUCAUUUAUAAACAUUGAAUGAAUCUUCAAAUUUACGAUGAGUCUUAUUGUAAUUUAUUCUGUGUGUUGGAAGGUAGAAAAUCGAUAAUCAUUAUAUCUAUCAAUUUAUUCCUUCUAUUUAUAACAAUCGUUUUUUUUAAAUUAUUUAUAUACCUUCUGUACGGUGUUUUUAUUCAAGGAAUACGUUUAUAGUUGAUCUAACAGUAUUUAUUAUUUUGAGAAUUUUCUUCUGCUUUUUGUGCGUAUAUUUUUUAUUGAAUUUAUUUUCUGAUGCAAAGUUACAAUUGUUUUUCAUGAUUUCUGUAUGGGGCCGAAUAGUAAAUAUUAUUUAUGUAAUUACUGUCAAGAAUUAGUGUUAUAAUGUACAGCAAAUAUGUAAGUUACUAUCGGAUUUCAUGUAAAGCUUUACAAUAUUUAAUAACAAUAAUAAUAGUCUAAUCAGUAUAAUUAUAGUAAAAACUUUUAAUGAAAAGAAAAUAAAUUUUUUUUUUGACACUUGAUAUUGAUGUUUACAAAAAUUGCGUGCCUAUUGUAUAUUGUACAUAAAUUUCGCGUAUUUUCCCUUAAUAUAAAUUUACAUAUAUUACGAAAAUUGCUUCUUUUUUGCACGUGAGGAAAAUAAUUGAGAAAUUAGAGGAAAAAAGUAAGAAUUUACAUUUUAAUCCGAUAGAUUUUAAAAAUAGCUUUUAGGCAAAUGUAUUAAUAUUAUCAAUGUUGCUUCGAGCAAUCUGUAAAUAUGUAAAUAUGUACCAAAAAAUGACAAGUAUUUAUACCUGUCUACUUUUAAUUUAAGAGAGCUUUUACGUAUCAGUGGAGUUUGACAAAUUCUUACGAUUUUUCUAUGUAUUAGAAAAAUAUAGGAAGAUGUGUUAAAUUAAUAAUAAUUUCAAUAACUCCCUGCCGUGAACAUAUAGAUAAAUAUCUGCUUCAUUGUGCAUUGAGUGGUGGUAAAAUUUAUUUCUGCUUUCUUCUUAUAUUUUUUAGGAGACAAAGAAAAAUUGAAUUAUACAUAUACAUAAUAAUAACAUAUUAAUGAAAAAUUGAGCAUUUUUAAAUUUAGUCAUAUCACAGGAAAUUUUAUAUCUUUCUAAAAUUCAAAAAGCACACUACUCGUGUACACUCUGCUUAUUUAAUAUGUAAUAAAAAAUCAUUUUUGAAAUAUUAA